UCUUCUCCUGCAGCCUCCCCUCAUUUAGCAGGUCCAGUUUGUGUGUGUGUGCAUUGAUGAUUUACCACCAGUCCCUGCCUCUCACCCCCUCCUCAUCCUCUCCGGCACACAGGGAGAAAGAUGGAAGGGAGGGGAUGGGGAUGAGCCGUAAAAAAGCAGGGACCCUGCACCGUCUGAGAGGAGCAGCAGGAGAAGCAGAGGGAGAGAAAAUAGAGGAGGGGAAGGCGAGGGAAGAGAAGCAGGAUCGCUCUGCAUUGUAUGGAUCGCCUAUUGGAACAAGGAGGGGCAUGUAGAGGGAGGGACAUUGGAGAUUCCUAUCAGCGAACGGAGAGGAGAGAGAAAUGCAGAGUGCGAGAGAGGAGAGCUGUGCAUGUGUGAGGGUGUGUUGCAUGUGUGUGUGUGUACGUGAUGAGAUUUGGACUCGCUGAACCUGUGCCACGGUGUCUCUGUCAGAAGGCUUCACAGGCAGUCGAGGAGCUGUGACUCGCCUCAGCGUCUCCACUUGUGCUUGGCGCCUGAUGCGCUCACAGGACACUGGCUGCCCAGGAGACAGUGAGAGGGGCGUGAUGGCCGGACGCGCCCUCGCUCGGUCAUGCAUCUCCCCAGAUUUCCAUCCGUCUUCUGCUGGCUUCUGCUCCCGAUCCCCUCCAGCCCUCAUCGGUGUCCUUCCUGUGCGUCUCCGUGAGCCUGCCUGCCUUUUUGCCGCCACGCUCUCUGAAUGGAUGCUGCUGUCAACACGCAUGUGAGGUGUGCAAUGAGAGCCCAUGAUUUGGACUGGACUGCAUUCAGCUCGGGAGGUUACUGUGCCAUGCUGCUUUAGGAUGACACUAAUGAAUUUUUAAAGACUUCACCUUUUCACUUUACAGCUGCUCUCCAGUACAUCCUUGAUGACGUAUGAUGCAGGGCAGCUGUUAUUCCGAAUGAAUCAAGAUUUUUGAAGCGGUUGGACUGAGCAACAUGUAAGCUGAGGGAGUGCUGCACAUAAAAAAAGGUCAUGUAAAUGAUUACCAUAAAGAAUGAGGCAUCAGACACCAUAAUGAAGAUAUUUUUGUCUCAGUAGCUGCAUGCAUGUGUUGUGGAUAAAUUUUAAUUGGGUGUUUUCUAGGAACAAAAGAGCUGCUUUCACUGUACUGACAGUGGUCCUGAAGGUUGUCAGGAAGGGUGGAUUUCGUUUUUGAAUCACAGAGAAAUGACAAUUAGAGUGAGAGAAGAAAUCCGUGACGGAUAUUAAAAUCUGAAACAAAGAAAGAGGGAUUUGGGGGAUGGAUGAGCCCAAGAGUCUCUCUGCUGUUGUGUCUUCCGAGGAGAAACUUAAUCUUCCUCCGUGUAAGUUUUUCGUCCUUGUCGUGUCGUCAGAUUGUUUCACAUCCGAACACGCUGGCAAAGCGUCAGUUGUUCAUGUUGCUCUGUCUGGUUUCAUUCAUCUACUGUGCGUCUACUGAAGCCUGACCACAUGAGUGGAGGCGGCGCCCUGCAGCAACGCACCACCUACCUCAUUUCCCUCACCCUGGUCAAGGUAGAGGCUGUGGAAGAGAAUGGAGAUGAGGCCAAGAACAGCAACCAGGGAAAUGAGGUGGAGGUCAGACCAGGAGAAAGGCCGGGAGAUGAGAGAGUGGAAGCUGAAGGUGGAGCUUCCACACAGACUGAAAAUGGAGCUGGAGUGGUUUUAGGGGAACCACAAAGAGCUGAAGAUGCUGUCAUUGUGAAAGGAGGCACUGAUGAACUCAAGGAAGGGGAGAGGAGAUCCCUCAGCCCUCUGACAGAUAAACUACCCUCAAAUGUCCCCAGUAAAGUGGCUGAAAAGCCACCAUGCAACCUCUCUAUCCCCUUACCUGCUGAGAGAGUCACAAUUCAGAAGACAAAGUCAGCAGAUGUAGUCGAGAAGCCGUUUUCCAGCCCGGAGGCAAAGCAAUGCAGGUCUCCAUCUCUAACCACAACACCCCCUAUGGAGGUGGCCGAGCCCAGCCGCACCCCAACCAGGACCAGCCUCCCUAUCCGCCCUGCAGGACAGCGGCCCGUGAGCCUGCUCAAGUCUCACAGCAGCGUGGCCACCCGUGGCCGCGACUCCCGGGAGGGUAGAGAACGCAGCCCUACCUCAGCCCAGAGCCUUGAUCGCAAGGACUGCCGCGUGACGACGCGCUCGCCAGGCCCCUGCAGGGCCUCCUGGGCCGAGGCGAGCAGGACCGAAGGAUGGCGGGACCUGCAGGAUGAGGCUCAAACUGGAAUACAGCUGGAGAUUGGAGGUGGCAUGGCUGCAGUGAUGAGAGACAUCCCCAGAAAGGACAGGCUAAAGAGCGGCUCAACCUCCCUACCUGCACCUCCUACCCAGGCCCCCAAACCGGCUCGCAAAGGUAAAAGCCGCACGCUGGAUAACAGUGACCUGAACAGCCUCUCUGAAGACCUGGGCCUGGCAAGAGAAGCUCAGCAAGGACAGCAGGGCCAAAGAGGCUCUGCUAAAGACAGAAAGAUGCUCAAGUUCAUCAGUGGCAUUUUCACAAAGAGCAGCUCGGGGGCAGCGGGGUCAUCCUCCACAGCGCCUCCCGUCUAUAUACAGCGAGACUCCAGUGAGGAGGAAGUAAAUAUUGCCAACAGCCAGGAGUGGACGCUGAGCAGAUCCAUCCCCGAGCUGAGACUGGGUGUUCUGGGGAGUCUGAAAAGUGGCAAAUCGGCACUGGUAAACAAAUACAUCACAGGCAGUUACUCCGCAGUCGAGAAACCUGAUGGUGGCCGGUACAAAAAGGAAGUGCUGGUGGAUGGUCAGAGUCAUUUAUUAUUGAUCAGAGAGGAGGCUGGACCACCUGAUGCACAGUUCAGCAGCUGGGCUGAUGCAGUCAUCCUGGUCUUCAGUCUGGAGAAUGAGGCCAGUUUCCAGGAGCUCUAUCAGCUCUACAGCCAGCUCAGCGCCUUCCGCUCAGACAUCCCAGUCAUAGUGGUCGGCACACAAGAUAAAAUCAGCAGCACCAACCCUCGCGUGAUUGAAGAUCAGAGAGCCAGACAGCUGUGUAUUGACGUGCGUCACUCCCUCUUCUACGAGACCUGCGCCACCUACGGGUUCAACGUUGACCGAGUGUUUUCAGAGGCUGCUCAGAAGAUUGUAGCUCAGAAGAAGCAGGCGGCACUUCAGGCCUGCAAGUCUCUGCCUAACUCACCCAGUCACUCAGGAGGCUCCACACCUGGAUCAGCGUCGUUCCCUGGACAGGCCAGUAAUGGCCCCAGUAUCGGCUACGCCUACUCCCUCCCCUCCACCCCUGUGGUGAGCCACAGAGAGCUGCGAGUUGCACAGGGAGACGGGGGAGGCAGCGUCAACGCUCGCUCGCUGAAGAGCAUCCCCAGACGGCCCUCGCUCUUCAAGAACCGGGACACAGACAAAAGAGGUGGCGACGCUAAAGGCGACCUGAGCAACCUGCGGGGUGUUCCAAUCAAACAGGGCAUCCUGUGGAAGAGGAGUGGGAGCUCUCUGAAUAAGGAGUGGAAGAAGAAAUACGUCACCCUGUCCAACAAUGGCACGCUGUCUUAUCACUCCAGCUCCAGUGACUACACGCAGAAUACCCACGGAAAGGAAAUCGAUCUGCUGCGUGUGACUGUUAAAGUUCCUGGGAAACGUCCUCCAAGAGCAGUCGCACCGACAGGCCCCUCGCCUGCCCCCCCUGGAGCUGUGCCUGGAGUCAACGGGCUGAGUAAAGAGCUGCCAGCCGCUGAUAGCACCAGUACAGUUCCUCAGUUGUGUCCAGCUACCCUCUCUGUCGUUGCCGAUGACCGGUCUGGCGGUUUGUCCCCUCAAGGAGGUGAACGAGGACUUCAGCGCUGCCCCUCCUCAUUGUCCACCAAAGCACAAAGUGUCGAUGCCCUGGAAGCGACAGCCGGUUCGUUUGGUGGAAAAGAUCCCAGCCAAUCAUCUCCCAUGAGCGACAGGAAGAAGAACAGGAGGAAGAAGAGCAUGAAUCAGAAAGGGGAUGCAGCCGUCGGGCAAGCCGAAGCCAAACGCAAAAUGUGGAAAUUAAAGAGCUUUGGUAGCUUGAGAAACAUUAAUAAGACAGAGGAAGAGAAUGCUGACUUCAUCAUAGUGUCGUUUACUGGGCAGACAUGGCACUUUGAGGCUUCGAACAUGGACGAGAGGGACUCGUGGGUCACAGCUAUAGAGAGCCAAAUCCUGGCAAGUCUUGGUUCCUGUGAGAGUGGCAGAAACAAGGCGCGGAGGAGCAGUCAGAGCGAGGCCGUAGCGCUGCAGGCCAUCCGAAAUGCCAAAGGCAACAGUCAGUGUGUGGACUGCGAAGCACCGAAUCCCACCUGGGCCAGUCUCAAUCUGGGUGCGCUGAUCUGCAUCGAGUGCUCAGGGAUCCACCGAAACCUGGGGACUCACCUGUCCCGUGUGCGCUCGCUGGACCUGGACGACUGGCCGGGAGAGCUCACACAGGUGCUGGCUGCCAUCGGAAACCACAUGGCCAACAGCAUCUGGGAGAGCUGCACCCAAGGACGGACCAAACCCACACCGAGUGCGACACGAGAGGAGCGAGAGUCAUGGAUCCGUGCCAAGUAUGAACAGCGAGCCUUUGUGCCGCCUCUUGUGCCGGCCUCAGGGACGCAGCUUCCAAAUGACGGUGUGCCGGUGUGGCUGCUAUCUGCAGUGACCGACAGAGAUCUGCCCAGGCUGCUGCUCCUUCUGGCCCACAGCACUAAAGAACAAAUCAACGCGCCGCCAGCCGGUUCGCCUUCGCUGCCGCGCACGGCUCUGCACGCUGCCUGCCAGCUGGGAGACGUGGUCAUGACACAGCUGCUCAUCUGGUAUGGAAUCGAUGUGAAAGCGAAAGAUAACCAAGGCCAGACGGCCAUGAUGCUGGCCACGAAAAAAGGGAGCAAAAGCUGCAUCGAUAUUUUGCUCCAGCACGGCUGCCCCAACGAAACGUCGCCCACCGCUGCCACGCCCGUCCUCAGUCGCCGCUCCAGCACUGCCAGCCUGGGCCGGACCAGCUCCAGGAAACGGUAGCGUGGACUGAAAACGCUGCCACAGAAAACAUUUUUAAUGUGUGGAAACGGGCAGAGCUGAACAUGGAGAGGGGUGUAGUAUAACGAAAUGACAGCACUGGAUAUCAUUAGUAUAACGGAUGAAAAACAUUGUUUCUGAAGACUGAACAACAUAUCAAACCACUUAAAAAGCAAUAUUCAUUCAAUUUGUUGAUUGCAGGCAUAUUGCUGAAUUAUUGUGCCGUUGACCUCAUUUCAAAAUGACUCAAGUAGACCUGUAGCGGACUGCUUCUGUUUCACUUCCUCUGCAAGAAGUGCAAUAAUUCAGCUACGAUGAUGAAAAGCAACAAAUUUUAGCGCAGAUGACUCAACUCAGUGCAUCGAGAGGGUGAUGCUUUUAUUCAGACCUGCUGUGACUGGACCAAAACUGCUACUUUUUUUUUCUUCCUUGGCUUUCCGAACAAAGCAUAAACCAACAAUAUGUCAUGGUGUUAGUUAUGUGAGCCUGUCAGUUUGACUGUAUAAACUGUUUUCCAGCAACAAAUCAGCUGAGAUUAUUCUACUUAGACUAGAAAAAUGAAUGGUUUGGAGUAUGACCUAUGUCAGUGUUAGGACCACAGGUCCGAGAUAUGACGUUUUAUUCUACUAUAAAUGUAUCUAGACUACAUGCUUAAUGUUAAACUCUGUAACGAAGACACAACUGAAAAAACCAGACUGCAUUUUGUAAUGAUUUCUUACUGGUAGUUCUAAAAGCUUGUUUUGUUUUGUUUUCCAUUGUCUUUUAUAAUUUCUUAUUCUCUCACAUGUCAUAAAGCAGUAAGCGGAUGGAUUUACAAGUAUGUCAACAUGUGGAUAAAGUUUUAUUUGGGAUAUCGAGAGCGAAUACGUGAAGUCUGCAACAUAAUUCACAUUCAUCUUACUGUUGUGUAGGUCGAUCCCAUGAGUUUACAGUGAAGCGGCCGAAGGUGAGUCAUGUGAGUCCCUCAUGAGCUAAAACAAAUGGUUACCAGAAUAAAGUAAUAAACUUUUUUUUAAAUAAG